AUGGCUCCGCUACUCAAAGUCAUGGCGACCUAUCCACUGGUCACAGUCUUUUCAACCAUAUUGUUAUCAUACUGGAUAGUGGCAAAGGCUUUAACUGCCCGACGCGAAAAGCUCUUUGCUGCAAGUCAUGGUUGUGGCAAGCUGAAGAUGAGACCGCAAUGGGAUCGCCUUUUCGGGAUCGACUUUUUCUUCACAGUCAUGAAGAAGCGGGCGAAAGGACAGGACUUGGCGUACUUCAAUGAGAUGUUCCAAGAUAUUGGAUCUACUUUCGGUAUUGUAAUGAUGGGUUUCACGUUGACGAUGACGAAUGAGCCGGAGAACAUACAAACCGUACUAGCAAAACAAUUUGCUGACUUCGAGAUCGGAGAGAGUCGCAGCAAGGGUGGGCAACAGAUGCUUGGCCACGGCAUCCUGAACUCUGAUGGAGAGUCUUGGGAACGUGGUAGGGCGAUGCUUCGUCCUAGCUUUGUGAGAUCUCAAGUUGGAGAUUUUGAUCUGUUUGAGAGAAAUUUCCAAAAGCUCAUAGACGUUGUACCCGCGGACGGAUCAACUGUAGAUAUUCAGGAGUUUCUCUCUCGAUUUACCCUGGAUGUUGGCACCGAGUACUUUUUAGGUGAAAACUGCAAUAUGCUCCAACCCAACGCCAGCGAGCAUUGCAAGCAAUUUGCUUGGGCAUUCAACGUUGGUCUUGAAGGCAUCCCAGCCCGGUUCAGGCUAGGAAAAUUUGCGAAGUUUUACUAUGACACUCGUUACAAUAAGGCUUGUGACAUUGUCCACAACUACAUCGCACCGAUAGUCAAGAAAGCCGUUGAGCGCUCUCAGCUGAGCCCUGCUGAGAAAGUAGCGGGACUUGAGAAGCGCGGUGAUAAAUAUGUUUUUCUCGAUUCAAUCAUCCAAAAGGACUGCGAUGAGAUUGAAGUCAGAGAUCAGGUCCUCAACGUCCUUUCCGCAGCCAGAGAUACGAUCUCUUCUCUGAUGAGCUCGUGUAUCUGGAAGUGCACCCGCUACCCUGAAAUCAUGGCUAAACUCAGACGAGAAGUGGAUCUCUUCGAAGGCCGAACGCCAACAUAUCAGGAGAUCAAGGACAUGAAGUACAUGAACUGCAUGAUCAAAGAAAUCUUGCGCCUCUACCCACCGGUUCCGUUCAAUGCUCGAGUGGCAACCAAAAACACCUGUUUGCCAACCGGUGGUGGGCCUGACGGAAAGUCUCCAGUUUUCAUAAAGAAAGGCGGCCGGGUCGUGUAUCAAGUUUUCUCCACCCACCGUCGCCGCGAUAUCUGGGGUGAUGAUGCUGAGGAAUUCAGACCCGAGCGAUGGGAGCAUAUCAGGCCGGGUUUCGGCUACUUGCCUUUCAACGGUGGGCCCAGGAUUUGCCCUGGCCAGCCAUUUGCACUAGUAGAGGCUGCGUAUGUUUUGACGAGAUUGUUGCAGACAUACUCUGUCCUUGAGAGCCGAGACUCUUCACCGUACAAGGAGGAGAUCGCGCUCACUUUCUCGCAUAAAGACGGUGUAUUGGUAGCCUUUGGGGGAAAAGCUUAG